GUGUGAGUGUUGACACAGCUCCAGAGCCAUCCAUCAGCAUCCUUGAUGCUACGUCAUCAAUAAUAAACCAAUGAGGAAGUCAUUUGCUCUGCAGAGCUGAUGUGUCCAGUAAAAUUAUUCAGGCAAAUAUUAAUACAUCUCCUUUUGGUUUCCUCCUGAUAGGUCUCAAUGGACUGGGCCCUAAUUGUUGUUUUGCAAGCGAUGUUUCAGCCUUGUCUCUCAGUGUUCUUUACUGUUGAGGCCGAGCAAAGCACGUACAAUUCAAUGUUCGGAGGAGAUGUGAUGGGCUGCAGGUUUCAGCCGAAACUAUCAAAUCCUUACGCUGACCUGAAGGUGACCUGGCACUGGAUCAGCUCCGACAUGAUUCGGGAAGUGUACCGCAUGGAUAACUGGAAGGAGCACACGGCGUUCCUCGAUCCGGACUAUCGGGGUCGAGCGAGGCUUCUCACUGAGGAGCUGCAGGAAGGCCGCUCCAGGAUACAUGUCUCCAGGCUCAGGAUCAAUGACUCUGGGAGCUACCAGUGUGUGGUCAUGACAGAUGAAGGAGCGGAUUAUAAAACAAUGAGUUUGUCGGUUGUAGCACCUUACGACGUAGUGACUAAACGCAUUCAGAAGGCUGCAGAGGAGGAUGAGGUGCUGCUAAGCUGCCAGUCUCAGGGGUACCCCGAGUCUUCUGUUGUGUGGCAGGAGGGACGCCGGCAAAGACUCAACCCCGAGACCACUUCCGCAUCACGUGCAGACCAGCUUCUCACAGUCACCAGUCAGAUACGCGUCAGAUCAUCAGAUAAAAACAACUACACGUGCUCCUUUACAAAUUAUGGCAACUCUGAAAUAUUUCACAUUCCAGAUGACAUCCCUGUUCCUCGUGUCAACAACGAUCUUCUCAUCGUCGCGUUGAGCAUCAGAGCGAUAAUGGUCGUCAUCAUCAUUGCACUGCUCAUGUACAGACGGCAAAAAGGAAAUAACAAUUCAACUUUCUCUCAUGGAAAAGAUAUCAACAGAGGAUGAGCUGAGGACGUGUGUGUGACUACCAAAGACAUUAAGCACUUGUUACAUGUUACACAAACAUGUGUCUUAUGUUUUGUGUUAAGCCAGAUAUGCUGCAAAAUGUGACUAUUUAAAUAUGUGCUGUAAAUACUAUUUCUGCAUCUUUUAAAAGGCAUUUUUAUU